CAAGGUCAAUGUCAGCAAGAUGGAAAAGCUUUCAAAUAAUGGAGUUACAAGGUCACUGUCUAGAAUUGAUGUGGUCUACAUACGCACUAUUCGGCCUUUACGUUGUUACAAGCUUUCAACUAAUCACUUUAACACCCUGCUUGUAACAAGCCCACGCUAUUAGGCUCAGCCAUAGCUUUAUAUGUGAAAAGUUAACAUGCUGAUCAACACAUAUCAUGAUAUCAUGAACAAAUUGCAGACUGAGGUACGAGGAAUAGUCGGUAACGGAGCACACAUAACAGAAGAUGAUUUGGUAGAAAUGCACUACUCUAAGGCGGUGGUUAAGGAGACUCUUCGCAGUGAAAAUAGGUGGUUAGAAGAUGUGGAAAUAGUUGGUUACAAAAUCAAAUCCGAGACAGAAGUGGUGAUCUAUGCAUGGCAAAUAGCAAGAGAUCCCAAGCUAUACAAAAAACCAGAGGAGUUCGAGCCAGAAAGGUUCCUGAAUGGGGGGAUAGAUUAUAAAGGGAAUGACUUUCAGUUGAUUCCGUUUGGAGCUGGUAGGACGGUCUGCCCGGAAAUUCAGUUCGCCAUAGCUGUUAAUGAGAUUGCCUUAACAAGUAACGUGCACAAGUUCCAUUGGGAAUUGCCUGGUGGAGCGAGCGGGGAGGAUUUACACACGGCUGAAUCUACUUAUGGGAAAAACUGCCUGGUGGAGCGAGGGGGGAGGAUUAACUGCUUAAAAGUUAAGUGCACUGCUAAUAAUUGAACGCAAAUUCUUGUAAAUUUUCGACAUCAAGU